GCUUUAACCUGAUCUCGACCUAAUCUCAACGAUGAACCACGGAACUUCGACAGACGCUGCGGAUAAGGUGAUGGGAGAUAGCCGGAUGCACAUGCUCUUCAACGAUGUACAUCUCAGUCACCUCGAGGCCACAUCUCCAGUCCCUUCCUUUUCCGCAUGGCCGCUUUUCUCCCGCCUCCCCGCCGAAAUACGGCUGUACAUCUGGAAGGCCCAUCUCCAACGGCACCGCAUGAUCGAGCUCGAUAUUUGCCCCGCCGACGGAGACUCCCACUGUUACACUGACCGCAACCAUCUCGGUCGAAUAGUCAGCGGCCGGCGGUACACCUUCAAUAUCCAUGGCUGCGGACCAUCCUUUGCGCCACCCUUCAGUUUGCUCCUCCAAGUAAACCGAGAGGCCAGGGGGGCCGUGCUCAGCUUCUACCACAUUCAUCUACCCUUCCCUGGACGGCAGCGCAGGGAACAGGUACUCUACCUUAAUCCGGACUACGACGUCGUAUACGUCCGACCCCGGGAACCCGAAAGCGGUCCUUACCGAGGAUUUGCACCGCUGCUUGUUGACCUUUUACAUGACGCCAGGGCUUACGACUACAAGGACCAAGGGAUUGCCCACCUCGCGUUGGACCGAGCGUAUCUAGAUUACAUGUUCGACCCGACACAGGCACACUUGACCCCAGCAACCCUUCACCCAACUGCAGCGGCGUCGUUUGGGGAUAUCCUUCGAUGCAAACUCCGUUCUCUUUUCUUCGUUAUCGGCUUUCGGUGCCGUACAAGGGGGAUGGGUUUGUCUCUGGCCAAGAACUGGCGCUUCCACUUCGCCCAAACAUUCCCCCUCCGUCGACGAGGCCACGCGGCUAGCGGCUUCCAUUGGUUUGAAGCGGACCCGCGACCAGGCCUGGAGCUGGACCUCUUCCAGCUUCCUCUAAGCGAUGACCCCCGGGAGAUCUCCCAAGGCUGGCGGCGGCUCGAAUCCGCCUUUGGCAUUACACAAGAACAGCGAACUGCCCGAGAGAACCAUGACGACGGAUUCCGCUUCUACAUCUGCCCUACUCAUGACUGGCCCCCAUCCAUGAUAAUGCGGAGGGCCGAUGGAACCGCUAUAGACCUCGGGGUGAAGAAAGAAGAAGGGGAGGAGUGGACACGGGACGACCUCGCACACCAUCUGAAAGACGAGGCGGAGAAUUGGGCGACGACCCGCGAGAAGCUUACAAGCAUGUCUGGCGGGCCCGGCAUGUUUCCGAAAUAUGCCUACACGUCUCCCGAGGCUACUGAGACGUUGGAGCUGAUGGAGAGGCUACCCUGCACGGCCGUUGGCAUGUGGCUCUUCCCACCCGAUGCCUUCAAAGAGUUUGCCACUCUCUCCAUGUUCUCAUUCAACGUCACUGGUAUUCGGCCUGGCUUAUUUCUGUUUGACGUCUGAUCACACCGCCCAUGGUGAGGGGGGAUCUUGCUGAAACACAUCGAUGCUUGCUUGUUAAUCAAGUUUGCCAUUCCCAUUUGAUGAUGUAAAUCGGUCUAGAAGGAGAGAUUCAAUAAGGAGGCUGUCAAAAAUAGAAUAAAGACACAAGAACAGAUUCUCGCCAUCCUACAGAUUAAACACGCAGCUUUAGAGCCAUAGAAGCAC